CCUGGUUACGCUGUGGUCUGUUAUGCUACCCUGCGACGAAUCGAAUGGAUUUGUUUUGAGAAACUCCUAUUAACAGCGUGUAGCCACCAUCUAUGGUGUUGAAUUAUACUUCACAUAAAACUUACGGCUUCACAUAAUUAAAGAUGUCUCACGUUGAUGUCGGCCCGUUGGCCGCUUACAACAGUCUUACUGAUAGACAUCUAGUAGGUUAUUUUAACAACACUCGUAUGCGCAGACACCUCGUCAAGUCUGGCCUUAUUAGCAAAAAGGGGCUGAUCAUAUCAGAACAGACAUACAGGUUGAACGUGGCAAGAAAACAACACAAGAAACAUGUGCGAGACUUGAUGGCGCAAGCUAUUGUGCAUAGAACGCUAGACAUGGAAAGACAUAGACAAGUAGAAAUAAAACGCAAAUUAGAGGAAAUCGCAAAAAUUGAACUAGUUCGGCGAGUCAAGACUGAUCGCAGUAGACGAGGAGACGAGGACGUUCUACCUUACUUAUCACCAAGGCAGAGUAAUUCCAGACCCCAUUCAGAACACAAAAAAGAGCAAGACAGGCGACGACCUAAAAGUUCUCGGGACAGACCACAGACAGCGCCUUCUGGUGCCAGAUCACGGUCUCCAUCCUCUUCCUCGUCUUCUUCCUCAUCAUCAGUUAGUUCAGCAUCACGAGAAGAGAGAAGAGUAGAUAAUAAAGAGAGUCACCAUCACUCUAGGUCUAAACCAAAGGAUAGUGAUGAACUUGAUACUCAGUACUUGAUUGAGCUUGAUCCAGCAGCAUUACGACAGUUUUCUUUGGACAUGGCUGACUUGGACAUCAGUGGUGGCUCACCAUACAGGGUACCUAUGCUAUUACCACAGCCACCGAAAAGUGCUUCGUCAACACCAAAAACCACACCCAGGCAUCGCAGAAGAAUGAUUACAACAAAGGAUGGAAGGAAAUUAAGAGAGAAAUCGCACAAGGGUUCCUUAGCCCUGCAUAGAAAGGAACCUCCUUACACCCACUCUACCCAACUACAAAGUAUGUGUGAUGUAUCUUUGCACUACCAUGGUAAAGGAUUAAAUCUGGCCUAUGAGAAACGUGACGAGGACAAAGAUGAGGUUACUAUAUACCAACAACACUGUGGUGGAGAGAAUCUCUGUGUCUUUAAGGGAAUGAUCCAGAAAGGAGAUGAUAUAGUAUUUACUUCUCGUCGUCAUCGUGGCUUUCCAUUUGGUGUUACAAUAUAUGUGAAUGGUCUUGAAGAUUUCCGUUUAAGUGCAUGCUGUGAAUAUAAAUACCGCCCUGGAAAAAGACUAGGUGGAAAUAAAGGACAUUUCUCAUAUAAAGCUGUAGAGGGCGGUUAUCAGUGUUACAAAUGUGAAGUAGCUGCAGAUAUGAAAGGAAAGGAAAAGAAAGGAGACAAAAAAGUCAAGAAAACAAAAGAUAAGAAAGAGAAAUCCAAAAAAGCAAGCGAUAAAUCCAAAGGAGGAAAGAAAGAUGAUGACAAGUAUCAGGGUGGUGCUGAUGGUGGGAACCAGGCAACCAAAAUUGCAAGUGAUGAGUAUGAUGAUGACUUUGAAGAUGAACCUAAUGAGAAUGAGGAAGACAAAAUAUCUGUAAUCAUCACUGAUAAAAAAGAUGAAGAAAAGAGUGAGGAGAAAAAAGAAGAUGACUAUGCAAAUGAUAUGUGGGACACUGAAGAUGAUGAAGAAAAUGUGAAGAUGAAAGAAAAGAAUACUGGUAUGAGAAACAGAGAUGAUUCUUCUGAAUCAGAGUCAGAUGAUGAAAGCCGACAAUUGACCGUUAAAAGUGACACUGAUGUGAUGAGUGAAAUCAAGUCGGAUAGUGAGAGUGAAAAAGAACCUGAACAUGAAAACAAGAAAGCAGCUGUUGAGAGUGACAGUGACAUCCACAGUGAAAUCAAGACAGAUGAUGAAAAUAAAUCAGAAAAUGGGAAAUUGGUAUUAGGAGGUAAUGAUGAUGUCCAAAGUGAGAUAAAAACUGAUGAUGAGAAGGAAGAAGUAGCUUCUGAACACAACAAAUUAAAUUCUGAUCAUGAUAGUGAUGUUCAAAGUGAAAUUAAAACUGAUGAUGAAAGAGAAAAGGAUAAAGAAAUUGACAACGUGAAAGAUGUUAGUGACAGUGAAAGUGCAAAAACUGUCCAUUCUUCAACUUCAUCUUCAACUUCAUCAUCAUCACUAUCUUCAUUGUCAUCUACUAAAUCAUCUUCUAGUGAUGAGAGCCAUAGCAACAAAAAAACAGAGAAUUCAGCUAAUGAGGACAGUGUGGAUCUUAAUAGUGGCAUCAUGACAUCUGUUGAAGAAAAUUCACAAGUUGAAGAACCAUCAGGGGUUGAAGAACCAUCUCAGGUUGAAGAACCAUCCCGAGUUGAAGAACCAUUCCAAGAUGAAGAACCAUCCCAAGAUGAAGAACCAUCCCAAGAUGAAGAACGAUCAGGGGUUGAAGAACCAUCAAGGGUUGAAGAACCAUCCCAAGAUGAAGAACCAUCAGGGGUUGACGAACCAACAAGGGUUGAAGAACCAUCAAAGGUUGAAGAACCAUCAGGGGUUGAAGAACCAUCUCAGGUUGAAGGACCAUCCCGAGUUGAAGAACCAUCCCAGGUUGAAGAACCAUCCCAAGAUGAAGAACCAUCCCAAGAUGAAGAACCAUCCCAAGAUGAAGAACCAUCCCAAGAUGAAGAACGAUCAAGGGUUGAAGAACCAUCAGGGGUUGAAGAACCAACCCGGGUUGAAGAACCAUCCCAAGUUCAAACACCUUUCCAAAUUGAAGAACCUAGGCUGAAUGAGGAGAAAGUGAGUAUUGUGAGUGGAAGUCCUGAAGAUCAAGUCAAGGACAAGGUCAUAUCAGACAAAGGUUAUGCUAAACCUGACUAUAGUAGUAGUGAUGAUGUAAGCAGCAAAAUAGAUACUGACAAUUUGGAUGUAGGUCAUAAACCUGAACUUGAUGUGAUUGACAAGUCAGAUGACCAGGAUGAUGGACCUGUUUUAGUGGCCAGUGUAGGAGAUCAUGGCACAAGUGAUGAAAACAUUGCACAUGAACCUAGCGUUGAUAAACCCAGUGAAUCAAAUGAUGCACCAGUGGCAGGCAGUGAACAAGACCCAAGUGGCAAUGAACAUUCUAAUAUCAUCAGUGGAUCUGAUGGCGAGAAUCAUCAGGCCAGCGGUGAAGAGGAAAAAAUACAAAACUUAUCAGAUAACCAACUGGAUGAUGCAAGUGACAAGGAACAUAGUAGGAAGGAUAGUGAGCCAAAAGAAAAACGAGAUAUGGCAUCAGAUGAAGAAAUACAGGACAAUAAUGUAAAGCCAACAACUAAUGAUGAAGUGAAAGCAGACACUGAUGAUGAGAGAGAGAGUACUAUAGAGGAGGAGAGAUAUUUACAAGAGAAACUUGUGCAGCUGGGAAACAAACAGUAUGAAGAACAAGAGCUGAAUGGGAUUCUGAAGUCACUGGCUAAGAAUAAAAUUCUGGAGACGUUGGAAUGGACUCACAGUGUAAUGAACAAAGACAUACUUACUAGAUUACAAGAAAUACUUCAACAGUCUGAAAUCAAGAAUCUAGACUUUAGUUACUGUAAGUUAUCCGUUGAGAGUAUUGAUGGCUUACUUCCUGUCAUUAAAGACAACUCACUGCACAAUUUAAGCCUGAAAGGAAAUCCUUUAAUGGACCAUGGUAUACGAUGUAUUGUAGACAUGAUGCUAGAACACAAUAUCCAAUUGAAGGAGCUGGACAUCAGUAAUUGUGAUAUCCACGCAGACGGUGCAAAGUAUAUUGCUAAAUUGCUCUCUGCUAAAACAAUCAAGUUGAAAACACUGAAGAUAAAUGGUAAUGAUUUUACCUGUGAUGGUUGGGAAAGUCUUGGAGAAGCGUUAACUGAGAACCACUCACUAAUGAAGCUAGAAAUGGAACAUAAUAAACUUGGCAACAAGGGAUGUGAAGUGAUCAUCGAUGCAUUAAUCGAUAAUGAAACUCUGAAAGAGUUAAAUCUGAGAGGAAAUGAUAUCGGAAACGAGGGUGGAGAGAAAUUGGUAGAAUUGGUGAAAGAGAAUGACGUGAUUGAAGAGAUAUUAGUAGACAUCGGUAAUGAUAUCAAUAAGAAACUACUCACUGAAAUGAAAGAAAUUUUACAAACUGGCACUUAUGUUGAUUUGUAA